CUGACAGAGACUCACGGUCUCUCGUCGGCAUGAACCCUCACAUCUCUGUUCCACGGCAACAUGCUGCCGCGUCGGGGGCCUUUGGUGGUCCCUCGUCCGGCCACAGGGCGAAUCUCAGGAUGCCGCGUUUCUUCAAGAGGCUGUUUAAGUUCCCCCAGAUGGACUUUGAGAUGGCGAUCUGGGAGAUGACCUCGCUGCUCAUAGCGCCCAAGAAGGUGUUCAAAUCAAUAUACUACCAUGAACAAACAAAAAACACCUGGCACCGCCCCGACCCCUCCUUCACCUACAUUCUCGCCUUCUUCCUCCUCCUGACGGCUAUCGCCUGGGGCGUUGCGUACACCCCCUCCUUCGGGGCCAUCGUGCGGCUCUCGCUGCUCUUCAUCUUUGUGCACUUUGUCGGCUCCUCGCUCGCCGUCUCCACCCUCGCAUAUCUCGUCAUCGGCCGUCUGUUCGGCCCUAAUGGCGCCGCCGCCUCGUUGACGGGGCUGAGAGGUGCCCGCGGUCGUCGACGAGGCGCUGCCCAGGGUUUAUUUGUGCAGCCAGGCGAGAAGGAUCAAUUGGAAUUCGGCUACUGUUUUGACGUCUCCAAUCGAGCCUUCUUCCCUCUCUAUCUCCACCUAUACGUCGUGCAAUUCCUGCUCCUCCCCCUCCUCACACGCAGCCCGAGCAACUUCUUCACCACCUUCCUGGGGAACACGCUUUAUCUCUCUGCCCUCAUAUACUACACCUACAUCACCUUCUUGGGGUAUAAUGCACUGCCCUUCCUGCAUAACACCGAGCUGCUGCUGCUUCCUAUCCUUGCGCUGGCUAUUUUAUGGCUUGUCAGCUUGAUUGCCGGGUGGGGGGUUGUCAUGCAGGGCCGUGGCGUCGAGGGAUUGUUCUGGGGUGUAUAAUAACAUUAGAUCAUUAGUCUUAGCAUGUCAGGAGUACGGAGUAAUCGUUAUACAAUUUGGUUACAGAAUUACUUGUACGAUCAGCAAGUUAAUGUAAAAAGGGUUCUUGAUCUGUCUUGUAUAUUUAUUUCUUCCCCUUCUUGGGCUUGCCAAGGGCAGCCUCACGCAACUUGUUCUCCCGCUCCUCGCGCGCGGCGUUCCGUUCACGCUCGCGCUCCAGCUUCUCCUCCUUCUCGGCCUCCUUGCGAGCCCGUUCGGCUUCACGCCGCUCCCGCACGAGCGCCAGGCGUGCCAGAUCGGCGCGGGCCUCGUCCGUCUUGCCCUCUGCGUGGAGCUUCAGGUACCGCUCUCGCGCCUGCUGGGCUUCGAUCGCCUCACGUUCCCGUCUAGACAGCUGGGAAGUAUCUUUGACUUUAUCUUGUCCUCCAAGUCCUCUCCCAGAAGCUCCUCCUGCUCCUCCUGCUCCUCCUGCUCCCCUUGCUGCUGCUGCUGCUGCU